AUGGCGGAGCGGUUGUGCUUGGGCCUGCAGCAUUUAGUAGAAACGGGUUUUUCAGUUUUUAGUAGAAACGUGUGUUUCUGUCAGUGCACGCACGUGAGCAAGGCUCUGGUGCCCUCAACCCGCCGGCAGAACGUGACCUGUAAAGACGCCCUGUCACCAGACGGCGCCGCAGAAGGCCAAGCAGGCCGCGGUUCCUCCGAGAGCCCUGUGGCGAGUGGAGGUCCAGGAACAGCCCCUGGCCCGGCGGGCCGGUUGAAACUUGUGCAGUUUGAAGUCCAAUCACCCAGCAUGGUACCUUGA